GAGAGAGAGAGAGGGGGGGUGGUCUCGCAUUCUCGUGCUGUAACUUUGGGCUCCAGGGACCCGCAGCACUGAAUGUGGAUCUCCGUCGCUGAUCCUAAAAUCCAAACUUUACAGGAAAAGUUUUGUGGUGCUAUGCGCGAGGAGACGGACAAAAAUAUUCCCAUCAGAAUGAAGUGAAGAGUUCAGAUCCUCCUCAUCAUCUGCAUCAGUGUGUGUGUGUGGGACAGAGGGGCUUUAUUGGAAAUUCUCGAACCCCCAUUGGGACGCUCUCGGCUUUCAGCUCCGCGCGGCGCAAGUUUUCCAGGGAAAUUUCGGUUUUGCUGGGAUCAUUGUGGGAUCAGACGGACGGAUGAAGGAGGAAUCGAGUCUUGUGAGGGGUUCGGGGGUGUGCCGGUCUCAAUGUUAGUGGAUAUGCAGCCACAUCAGGGGCUGUACCACUACGACAACACUGCCAAUCAACCCACCAAAGGACUGGCUCCUUCAGUGAGAUCUCAGUACAGUGAGGUGUCAUCUGUAUGUGUGGCGCUCCCCAGUGGUCAAUCUCCAGACAGCAGAGAGAUGUACAACCCCUCAAUGACCCCUGGAGCCUGUAUGGACCCCUAUAUGCGGCCCCCUCAUGCACCUCCACCCCACAGCAUGAUGGGACACCGCAGUAUGCCACCACCAGAGGGUGGCAGCGGUGCCCCCUACUGUAACCAGAACAUGAUGUCAUCUCAUCACAGUCAAACAGGAUUAGAACACAUGAGCUUAGGAGACGCAUCAUGUUUUGCUACACCUCGCUCCAUGUUAAAGUUGAGUAAGAAGCGUGCACUGUCGAUUUCUCCUCUGUCUGAUGCCAGCGUGGACCUGCAGACGGUUAUACGCACAUCUCCCAACUCACUGGUAGCGUUUGUUAACUCUCGCUGUGGGCAAAAUGCUGCCAGCUCAUAUGGACAUCUUUCUGUGGGUACCAUGAGUCCAUCGUUGGGUUAUUCCAGCUCAAUGAACUAUCAGUCCAGACAUCAGGGGAACAUUUACAGCGGUCCACAUGCUCACUCUUCUCAAUCCUGCCACGGACCUCCACCUCGCCUGCCUCCCCACAACCCCAGACUUCAUGUUACCCCAAAACACACACAUAUGAAAACAGAACCUGUUCUGGGUUGUGUGAUGGACAGCAUUAACAUUAAGAAUUUAGAGGAACAUUCAGAGGGAGAUGUGGCGAGUCCAUCAUCAACUGGAACCCAGGAUCCUCUUCUGGGUCUACUAGAGGGCAGAGAUGAUCUCGAUAAAGAGGAGAAACCCGAACCAGAGGCCAUAUAUGAGACCAACUGCCACUGGGAGAGCUGUAGUAAAGAGUUUGAUACCCAGGAACAACUCGUACAUCAUAUUAAUAAUGAGCACAUACACGGGGAGAAGAAAGAGUUUGUGUGUCACUGGCAGGACUGCUCUCGAGAACAGAGACCGUUCAAGGCUCAGUACAUGCUGGUCGUCCAUAUGCGUCGACAUACUGGAGAGAAACCUCACAAGUGCACUUUUGAAGGCUGUAAUAAAGCGUACUCUCGUCUGGAGAACCUGAAGACUCAUCUGCGCUCACAUACUGGAGAGAAACCGUACGUGUGUGAACACGAAGGCUGUAACAAGGCUUUCUCCAACGCAUCAGACCGUGCCAAACACCAGAACAGAACACACUCCAAUGAGAAACCAUACGUCUGUAAGAUUCCUGGCUGUACGAAGCGCUACACUGACCCAAGCUCUUUAAGAAAGCACGUGAAAACAGUACAUGGACCUGAGGCUCACAUCACUAAAAAACACCGUGGGGACACUGGUCCACGUCCUCCAGGCUCUGGAAUAACCCCUGCAGGUCCUGAACUGCUCAUAGAAAAAGAGGAGCGAGGCAGAGAAGAUUGCAAAUUACUUGCUCCAGAGUCUGCAUUGAAAUCUCAGCCAAGUCCAGGUGGACAAUCUUCCUGCAGUAGUGAACGUUCCCCGCUAGGAAGCGCUAACAACAACGAUAGUGGGGUCGAAAUGAACCUGAAUGCAGCAGGCAGUCUUGAGGACCUGACAACACAAGAGGAAAACGGGAACAGUGUAGCGGUCGAGUCCGGCGGUGGUGGUGUUGGGUCAGGGGGAAUGUGCAUGUCCGUUCAGGCCUUAAAGAGGCUGGAGAACUUGAAGAUUGACAAACUGAAGCAGAUUCGCCGACCAACACCACCUGGGCGGUGUUCAGGAAAUAAACUACCAGCUCUCUCAGCAACAGGAGAGAUGAUUGGCAUGUGUGCGCCCUCACCCUUGCUCUCUAACCGUCGUGUAAUGGAGCUUUCAGGCCCUGAACUGGGAGGAGUUACUGGGAUGGGUAUGCCAUGUCCACCAAACGAUCGACGUGGAAGCGGCACUAGUAGCCUCAGCUCUGCCUACACCGUGAGCCGGCGUUCCUCCAUGGUCUCUCCCUAUCUGUCAAGUAGACGAUCCAGCGAUGUGUCCCAAGUCGGUCAGAGUGGUCACUGCCAGUCUGUGAUGGGUACUGACGUACCUGGUGACCAAUUAUCUCCUCAGAACAGCCAAAGACCUGGAUCUUGCCAGAAUGUUGGUGGGUUGCCAGGUCUACCAAGUCUCACCCCUGCACAACAGUAUAGUUUGAAGGCUAAAUACGCAGCAGCAACUGGCGGCCCACCUCCCACACCCCUACCCAACAUGGACCAACCUGGCACCCCUGGCAGACACGUUGCAUUCCUGAGAGAAUGCCACAGUCAGCCUCUUCCUCCAUUUCUGCAGCAGGGGGGCACAAGGAGGCACAGUGCGAAUGCUGAAUACGGCACAGGAGUGAUGUACCCACAUCAGGCACCUGGUAACAAUACAAGACGUGCCAGUGAUCCGGCACGCUCGGGGAGUGACACGCAUGGCUUGCCCAAGGUGCAUCGGUUUAACAGCCUGAAUAACGUGUCUCUCAUGAGUCGACGCAAUGCAUUGCAGCAGUGUGGGUCUGACAGUGGUGCAAGCAGACAUAUGUACUCGCCGCGUCCGCCAAGCAUAACCGAAAACGUCAUGAUGGAGGCCAUAGCCAUGGAAUCUCAUGGGAACACCACCAUGGGCUACCAGCAACACCAGAACCACCCUCACAAUGCCAGUCAGCUCUCUCCUGGUCAAGAAGGCCUAGGAUGUAUGGAUCAAGUCUACCAGCCACAGAUGCAAAGUCAGUACCAGGGCCACCGUGAGGGAAUCUGUGCCGGCGGGGUAAUGGGUCAUACUGACAUUGCAAACAGUCUUCUACAGCAAGCAGAGUACAGCAUGAGCACCUGUCAGUUAAGCCCCUCUGGCCCACACUACCCCAGCCAGGGGCAGCCAAGCGAUGGGCCCUGGGGACAGACCAGUCAGCUUCAUAGCCCACAGGCAGGCAUGCAAUACCAGUCUACAGGCAUGCAGGGACAGCAAUACCCUCAACAGGGUGUAUAUGACCCCACCUCUGAUCCUAGCCAUCAGAGAGUUACGAUAAAACCAGAGCAGUUUCAUUCCUCCAUUGGAGGAUCCAGCUCCUGCCAGAACACCAAAACUCUACACCAGCAACGUCUUACAGGGAACCUGCAGGGAUAUCCUCCACAGUCACAAGCCCAGAGCCUAAUCGGAAGGUCCUCCAAUGCCAGUUGUGACUUCCAUCAUGGCCAGAUGGGUACUCAAGCCGGUAUGCAGCAACAGUGCCAGACUGGAUCAUUCCCAAGCAGUGGAGGUAUAAGCCUCGGCUGUGCAGGUUCUGCGUUGACAGAAAGCCGCAGAUCGCAGACGCCGAUGCAUCAAAUGAAGGAGAUGAUGGUGCGAAACUAUGUGCAGUCGCAGCAGGCUCUUAUGUGGGAACAGCAGCAGGAACAAAGGGUAUCCGAUGGCCUUUCUGGGAAGCCAGAAGGCAUGGACAUGGGAGGACAAACGGCAAUGAUGCAACACAGUCCGCAACAUCAACAAACUAACCAGACCCUUUAUCACGGCACCAGUUACCAAGGCUACCCAAAUCAGAACACAAUGAGUCCACCUCAUAAUCGAAUUUCUGCUUCAGUGCCAAUGAAAGAGCUUACAGGUAAUAUACAGGGCUCCUGCUAUGGGCAGGACAUGGUGCCACGCCCGCCUCGAAAGCCUCUGAGUCGCCAAAACAGCCUCUCCCAGCAGACAAAUGGAGCGUACCUGGGCAGCCCACCUCAACUCAGCCCCGUCCACUCCACCGCCAGUCCCAGAAGAGCCGUGCGGUUACCACCGGUUCAGCAACAGCAGCAGCAUUCGGAAAACUUCAAUAAUAACAAUGCCUUGUACUACUCGGGCCAGAUCCACAUGCAUCAUGACGUAGUGAAGACGUUGGAACCCCAAGAUGGUCCAUGCAUGGCCCAGCAGCAUCUGACAGGCUUAGACCCUGCUACAAAAUCAAUGGCCUACUCGGAGCCUGCACCCAUGUCCAAUGCCUUAGAAAACCUGGACUUGGAGAAUGCUCAGAUUGACUUUGCUUCUAUUAUUGAUGACCCGGAGCCUUCAUCUUACAGUCCAAUCAAUCAACCCAUGGGACACCACCAAUGCUCCUCUCAGACAUCGUCUCGUCUCACCACACCCCAGACGUCCAUUACGCUACCCAGUGGCCUCUCCAAUAUGGCCAUCGGGGACAUGACCUCUAUGUUGACAUCUCUUGCUGGAGAGAACAAAUAUUUGAACACUCUGUCUUAAGUGUUUUUUCCUAUAAUUGGGUCCUACCCAUCUCUUAAUUCCCGUCUACACACAAGUGAGCAUGUGGACUAAAUGCUCCUUUAUGGGUUGGAUGUCCCUACAUGGAAUCUCAGAUUUUGUGUGUUUGGUGUAAUCAUUCUGAUGGUGUAAAAUAUAAUGUUAGCGGCUCUACCACAAGGGCCUAAAACUAUUAUUGACCGGGCAUUCCAGACACUACUGUGAGACUGAAAUCUUUGUUAAAAUGUAAAUAUAAGCAUUGGACUGUAAAUGGGUGGCAAGAUAAAAAAAUAUAUCUUUUCGAGACAUAUCUAGUAUUGGGCUGGCAAAGACGCCACAUGGGAAUCACAUAACGAUAUUGAAAUGUAAAGCAUAGUAGUGACUAUGUGAAGGAAGCUGGUUUCAUUUGUGGGUACGCUGUUGGCAUUGUUCCUAUUAGUAUUAAUACAGACAAGACUCAAGUGCCUUUUAUCACUGUGGCCUAAAUGCUUGAUAAGCCACAGGUACUACAUGGCAGAGAUAAAGACAUAAAUAUUGUGACAGAUGGACAUACACAUAAACACAGAGUAUUAAAAAUAUAUAGCUAAAAGGGUGUUACUCAUAGCUAACUGUCAUAAUGACAGAUUAUAGGACUGGCAGUAUUUUAAGUCUUGUUAAUAAUCUUUCUAGGUAUAGGCAACAUUGAACCUUUGAGCCUUAACAUUUAUUCAAAAGUUUAAUGUUUGUUUUUCUGAUUAUUUGACUAGUCUUCUUUCAGACAGGUACAUUAAAUGGUAACGGCACUGAGUUACGUUUUUUCUAAGGUUUUCCUUUGUCUGCGCUGCGCUACAUUACCCAAGCUAACAUGCAUAUGCAUUGCACUGACAACAGCACUGAGCUGAGGAAAGUCAUAAAUAUAUACAGAAUAUAUAUAUAUUAAGAUUCUAUAUAGUAUGGCAGUUACAUAUAGUGAAGGUACAUGAUAGGCCAGAAACCCUCUUAACACAGGUACGCAAACAUAAAGGCAAACUAGAAGUCUUCAUGGGUCCACUUACAUCCGAAAACCUGAGGUCAGAGCGGCUUCGAAUCUAAAAGUUUUACAUGUGCCACGGACACGGGUCGUGUAUGAUAUUAGCGGCAUCGGGUCUCGGGUAAUUUAAAAUGAAUGUGUUUUUGCCGAACGGACCCGAGAAGAUCUUGUGUGUGUUCAUCCAAUCCUUUUUUUAUGCCUCCAUCGUGUGGCUGGCGGUAGGUUCAUUUUCAUUGAGCCAGACCUGUCAAUCAAUUUUGAAUGCACAUUUUAGCCGUAACCUUGGCGUCAUCGUCAGAUAGCAGGGAGACAAUUUGGUUGCGAAGCCACUGGGUUUCUUUCUGCCUGAUGGAUGCAUGCAGGGCUGCAGACUGCAAACACAUCGGGUGAAGUUUACAUUCGGGUCCAGACGUAAUUAAAAAAUUGCCACUGAGUCGGACUUGGGUCUAAAUGUCUCUGGUUUGUCUCGAGUCGGGUCUUUCUUUUGAAAGAAAUUAUGGUAAUACUUUAUUUUAAGGUGUCUUUGUUACACAUACUACCUGUAAUUAUUAUAGUAAUAACAGUUAAUUAUGCAUAUUUACAUGCAUCUAAACCAAACCCUUAUCCUAACCCCAACCCUAUAGUAAGUACAUGUUGUUAAUGAUUAUUACUUAGUACUUAAAUGUAUAAUUACACUGUAACAGUGAUGCCGUAAAAUAAAGUGUGACCGAAAUUAUUUAUGCACCUUGUGUUCGGGUAAAAGUGAUUCGGGUCAUUUUGGGUUGGGUACAUUUCUUUGCAUCCAAGAAGACCUCUAAUUGCAAGACCAUGAUUCUGUUGAACAUACUUAUGUAAUUAUGUUGUUCUUGUGUUGUUUUAGCAAUAACAGACUUAAGUACUCAAGAAGACAAUACAGUUGCCUUCAAAAUUCAGUGCCAUUAAACCAUAAGUGUUAUUAUUCAGCUAGCAAAUUAUUAGCAUCGACUUUAACAAACAUGCUCAACGUGUCUGUUCUCAGGUUUAUAAAAAAAGAAAGAAAACUGACCAUAACGUAAAAAUAGUUGCUUGCUAUUGCACCCUUUGUGUAACCACAGACUAAAUCAUGCUUAGUAGUUAGAUCCAUCUGUGUUUACAUACUUGUGUAGAGUAUGAAGCUUUUGGUUUUAUGUCCUCUAUUGUUUCUACACGUUGUCUACAUUGUGUGUAAUCAGUUUAAAGAUUUUUUUAUCAAGCGAGUGUUAUAGAGGGAUAUAGUAUGAUUUCAAGUCUUCAAAAAUCCCAGUUUCUGUGGCAUACCAAAGAGAAGUGGCACUGAGAAAGUGCAAACACGCUCCUGAUACUAAUAAGAUUCUCAUGUGCGUCCAUAUUGCUGUGACAACGAAUGUAAAGGAGUCCUUUUUAUCACUUGCUUAUUUUGUAAGGAUAAAGACAUGUUGUGGUUUGUGCAUUUCUGUGUGUUUUUAUAUCUGUCACAGUUCACUUAAACUUUUUUUGCUGGCAAAAGUUCAUAAACUAGUAACAAUUUUAUGAUAUUAGCAAUAAUCUCAUCUAUUUACGAAGAAACUAAGUGAUAUUUUUGCGUACCGUUUUCUACAUUUUUGUACAAAGGUACUAUAUUAUACCAGUUUAUAAAUAAACAGAGCCUGUGAUGGAAGAAAA